AUGGGUGAGCCAUUUUCCUUUGACUGGAAGGGCAGCUUGACGCCAGAGCGGAAAGGCGGCCCAGACAGUUCGUGGCGUUUGGAUUGGAAAGCGAGCUUGAUUCCUGUGCAACCACUUGAGGUCAAAAACACUUUCGUGCACGUUCCAGAGGAGGACGAGUUUGCAUCAUCUGCCUCCCGAAGCCGCAGAACAGCUUCGUCUCCACCUGAUCUGAGGACGCCAGUGCAGAUUGAAGGAGAUGGAAAGGAGGAGGACGAAACGGGAGCCUCGUGCUCCACGGAAGCUCCGACCCUCCAGGAGGCCGCGGCCACGGGGCCCGCCGCAUCCGCCGACUCCAACCAGGCCUCAGCUCAUGAUGUCGGCAGUUGUCGACCAUGUGCGUACUUCCGCAUCAAGGCAGACGGUUGCCAGAAAGGCGACGCCUGCGAAUUCUGCCACCUUUGCACGCUGGAAGAUGUGCGAGCAAAGCAGACACUGUACAAGCGGCAGGCUCGGGCGCAGAAGCGAGCUACUGCAAGUAAAGCUAGAGCGCCCCCGAGCACUUGA